AUGGCGCAAAGUGGUUUCAAGGCGAGGAUCAGCAACCUCGAGAUAGCUUUGCCACGAGGCUUUCUUAGGGAAGCCCGAUCGACACGAUUAUACGACAAUCUCUUGACAACAGGAAAAUGCCUCGCUGUAGGCGACCUGAGAGGCAAGAAGUAUUACAAUUCAGUGCAUCUUUUCACUCUACGAAUACACUCUAGUGAUGAUGUCAUCUUCGGAUGAUGCUUGUCUACAUCAACUUCAGCAUAAUCGCUACAAAGUCAGCUUCGCCUCCUUGCGAAAUGUCAUAUGACGUUGUUUGCUCGCCGCCAUCCUCUCCACUACUUAGCUUUCAACCAACUAAUCAACAAACCCUCAACCGCUCUUUUCCCUUAAAUGAUACAAAUUGAAAGCGCUUGACUAAGAUGUCAAGUUAGAAUCCUCCCCACAUAACUGAAAACUUACCGCAAAUCUUCACCGAAACCAUAAUUGCGAACGUGUGCCCCCAAACUACAACAGUGUAUUUAACUCCAGGUGUUGCACAUCCGAAUCUUCAACAAGAUUCAUUCUGAUUCCAGCCUCAUUCGCAUGUGCAUGCCCCUGGCCCCCAGCUCGAGCUUUCGGCGGGCCACGGAAAUGAUGUAUGAUUAUCUAUUCACAGGUCAUUUGAAUUUGAAUUUGACAAAUCGAUUGUAAAAGGUCGCGUUCUCAUUUCAGAGGUACAGUAGAUGCCCGCAUAAAGUUUGCGGGCUAUGUAUAGAAGUUUGUGUCAAGUUAAAGUUCAUACCUAGUUAACGGAACGAGUGGAUCAAUUUGGCCGGGUUCUCUAUACCUGGUUGUUUACAGAGCCCAGAAGUAAAGAUUCGUUUCAAUACCUAUCUGAGUUUCAUUACUGAACUUUAGUGUCGCCGGUUUUUUUCUUUCUUUUUUUUUCGCAUUAAAUACUCUCCAUUAUUUUCAUAACAACAAUAGAAGCACUUAAAUGGUU